CACACUUCUGCAGCACAUAAACAUACCACCCACCUCACGCGCCAUCUUCUAAGCUAAUAACCGGGCCAGAUUAAAACAUUGUGUGAAAAACACCUCGGUGCAGUUUAGUGUCGAAACACACACACACACAAUACUGAGCAAUGAGUGACAUUGAAGAUGGAAAUUACGAAGGACGGGGGUCACGCUCCCCAUCUAAAUCGGACCAUGGGAGUCCAACUCGGGACAAGUCGGAAAGCAGGUCCGGCUCCCCGAGCCCAUCCCGGGCCUCCAAACGCUCUGAGUCCAGAUCCCGCUCUCGAUCAAAAUCUAGGUCUCGUUCUAGGCGGCACUCAAACCGCCGCUAUAGCCGCUCACGCUCUCGGUCCUAUUCCCACCGGAGGAAGUCCCGUUCUCGCUCCUACAGCCCUGAAUACCGCCGCAGGAGGAGCCAGAGCACUUCCCCUAUGUCCAACCGGCGCCGUCACACUGGCAGCAGGAGCCAUGACUUGACAAAAGAAGCAUACAGUCAUGGCGGUGAUGCUGACGUUAGGGCGAACCCAGACCCCAGCACAUGUCUUGGGGUGUUUGGCUUAAGCCUGUACACCACAGAGCGUGACCUGAGGGAGGUGUUUUCACGCUAUGGUCCUCUGGCAGGGGUCAAUGUGGUGUACGACCAGCGCACGGGUCGCUCCCGUGGCUUUGCCUUUGUUUACUUUGAGAGACUCGAGGAUUCCAAAGAGGCAAUGGAACGAGCCAAUGGCAUGGAGCUGGAUGGCAGGCGCAUCAGAGUGGAUUAUUCCAUUACCAAACGUCCCCAUACCCCCACACCAGGAAUAUAUAUGGGCCGACCAACUCACAAUGGAGGCGGCGGCGGCGGCGGCGGCGGCGGCGGCGGUGGUGGUGGUGGUGGCGGCGGCGGUAGUAGCAGGAGGGGGGGAGACUCAUACUAUGACCGCGGUGGCUAUGACCGCUAUGACAGAUACGACGACUACAACUAUAGGUACAGUCGCAGACGCUCUCCAUCGCCCUACUACAGUCGAUACAGGUCUCGCUCACGGUCUCGCUCCUACAGCCCACGGCGAUACUAAGUUGCUUCUACUUCUUUCAACGUUCAGCUUCCCUCCAAUAAUUGAUGGUGUGUGUGAUUCAUCAAGGUGUUUCCGAGGGGAACAUUUUGAAUUGGCAUGUCUAUAUCAAAAGAACUCUUAAGUUUGAGAUAGUUCUUGUUUACAUGCAGUAGAUGUCUUAAUUUUUAGACGUUUUCAUGCAUUUGUGUUGAGUGUGGGCAAAGAACGCAACAACUUGUUACUGUUGCUUCAUUCUUGGGCAUCCUUCCUUCUUUUCCUCUCCAUCUUCUAAAGCAAUGAUUAAUUUUUUUCUGUCAAGUAAUUGUUAGUUUUUUUUUUUUUUUUACACUGAUCACUGUUAAUGUGGUUUUUGUCAUAAUAGGGAAAGAAAACUGAGUUCUAGCAAAUAAUGGUGACGCUUAAAUUUACAACCUGUAUUAAGUAAGUAAAUACAAUAUUAUGAAAAAUUACAGAUUAUUCAAACACCAUUUGAGCUAACUGGUAAGUAGCAGGUAAAAUGGGCUGUUAAAAGAAGUGUUCCCAGUAAUGAGGUUGGUUCUGUGCUCACAUUCAGUCACUGAUUUUUUUUUUUUAAGUCAUUUGAGUUUCUCCAGAGUUUUAUUAUUGUGUAUUACAUUUUUUUUAUUGUUUCUUUGUAUGGAAAUACAAAUAUAUGAAAACUC